GUCACUUGUUUGUGUAGCACUUCCCCUAUACUCCAUUAUGUGCUGGCAUCGGGCAGCUGGAUAAUCCCGAGAUGAGUCGGGCCACGGGGUUAAGGGGCGGAAUUUCGAAACUGGAAGGAUGGAUGCCUGUGAAUGAAGGCGAGGAUUGUGGUAUAUAAGGAACGAAGUCCCGCUGUAGUUUGAGUUCAUCAGACACAGCAUCAUUCCAGCAUAGCAAGCUCAUUUCUACAUCUACACAUUUACACUUUUCCGCAUCUUCGCAAAUCUACAUCCAUACAACACAUCCAUCUCUACACCAUCUAUACCAUGUCCACCCACGUCGCUAUUAUCGGCGCCGGCCUCUCCGGCCUAGCCCUCGCCCUCUCCCUACACCAACAACGCAUCCCCUGCACCAUCUACGAGGCACGCUCUGCCCCGCUCAACAUCGGCGGAGCCAUCAUGCUCUCCCCCAACGCCCUCCGCAUCCUCGACACCCUCGGUGUCUACACCCGGAUCCGCCCGGAAGCCUACUCCUUCGACAACCUCUACUUCCGUUCCCCGGCCGACACCCCCCUGGACACAUACGAGUUCGGCAACGCCGCCAAAUACGGCUACAGCGGAAUGCGCAUCUACCGACACGUGCUGAUCCGGGAACUCUCCGCGAUGGUCUCCGAAGCCGGGAUCCCGAUCCACUACCACAAGAAAUUCAGCCGAGUCAUCACAGAGACCGAAUCCAACAUAACCUGGGAAUUCGAAGACGGGACCACCUCCACCGCCACCUGUCUCGUCGGCGCUGACGGCAUCCACUCCAAAGUUCGCAAAUAUCUCUACCCAGACGUCGAGCCCGUAUUCAUGAACGCCAUGGGCGUCACCGCCGCGGUGCCUACAUCCCAACUGGCCAUCCCGGAGGGGUAUAACAUCCCCGUAACAAUCUUGAACAAAACCCACGGGGCAUUUGUCAUCGCACCUCAACUCCGCGACGGCUCCGAGGUGCUCAUCGGGCGGCAGAAGCGAUCCGCCCAACUCGACCGGGAGGGAUGGACCAAGCUGAUGAACGACAAGGACUGGUGCGUCGAAUUCCUGCGUGAAGGGGCGGACGAGUUCCCCGAGAUAGUGCAGCGGGCUGUAUCGAACAUCUCUGCGGAGAAGAUCAACCUGUGGCCGUUCUAUAUGGUCCCCAAGCUGGAGAAGUGGAGCUCGGAGCAUUGCCGACUGGUCAUUCUGGGGGAUGCGGCGCAUGCGAUUCCGCCGUCGGCGGGUCAGGGGAUUAAUCAGGCGCUCGAGGAUGUGUUUACGUAUGCGUUAGUUUUGGUGAGGUGUCAGGGACAGAAGGGCGGGUUGGAGAGGGGGUUGAAGGUUUGGCAAAGGGGGAGACAGGAGAGGGUUGAUAGGGUGUUGGUGUUGAAUGCCCAGAUUGAUAAGAGGAGAAUGCCGAGCGCCGGUACUGCUGGGGAGGAGAAGGAAGAAGAGGAGGACAAGGGGUUUGAGUUGGGGUGGUUGUAUAAGCCGGAUUUUGAGGCUAUGGUGGAGGAGUGGUUGGCGAGGGAAUGACUGCAUGGUAGUAAUGGGUGCAGUUGGAAGAGUUGGGUGAAACUUGGGGCUGUUUCGGGGGUAUUGGGUCUGAUGAUGUUGAGAUUGAGAGCGUGAUUGGUUUGUUCAGUUGAUAUAUGGGUUUAUAUUUCUUGCUUGGGUUCAAUAGGGUUGAAAAGUGCUGUGAUGGUAGUACAGGAUUUAAUGGUACCGCUUGGUUUACUAUAGUUUACGUCGCUUCUCUCUCAG